GCCGGGGGACCCCGCUCGGCGCCGGACCUGGUGCCUGAGCCAGCGUGUCCGGGCAGCCCCGGCCCGGGGGAGGGAGCCGGGAGUCGCCCCCGGCGCCGCCUGGGAGCAUGUUCCCGUCCCGCAGGAAGCCGGCGGUGUAUGGCCGGGAGGGAGCCGGGUCCCGCCGGCUGCUGGCCCUCCUGCCACGGAAAUGCUCCGUCUUCCAGCUCUUCUUUGUCACGCUACUUCUGGGCUUUGCCUCACUGCUGUGGCUGCAGCUCAGCUGCUCGGGCGACGUGGCCCGUCGGGGCCGCGGGGCAGCUGCCCCCGACCCCCUGAAGCCCUGCCUCCCGGAGUCCCGGGCCCCAUGGGCUGAGGACCUGUCGUGGGGCCCCCACCGCCUGGCGCUGCUGAUCCCAUUCCGGGAACGCUUCGAGGAGCUGUUGGCUUUUGUGCCCCACAUGCAUCACUUCCUCAGCAGGAAGAGGAUCCGCCACCACAUCUUCGUGCUCAACCAGGUGGAUCAUUACAGGUUUAACAGAGCAUCUCUGAUCAACGUCGGCUUCCUGGAGAGCGGCAAUGACACUGAUUACAUUGCCAUGCACGACGUCGACCUCCUGCCCCGCAAUGAGGCGCUGGACUACGGCUUCCCGGAGGCAGGGCCCUUCCAUGUGGCAUCCCCAGAGCUGCACCCACUGUACCACUACAAAACCUACGUGGGCGGCAUCCUCCUGCUCACCAAGCAGCACUAUGAGAUGUGCAAUGGGAUGUCCAACCGCUUCUGGGGCUGGGGGCGAGAGGAUGAUGAGUUCUAUCGCCGGAUCAAAGGAGCUGGCCUCCAGCUUUUCCGCCCCUCGGGAAUAAAGACUGGAUACAAGACCUUCCAGCACCUGCAUGACCCAGCCUGGAGGAAGCGAGACCAGAAGCGCAUUGCUACCCAGAAGCAGGAGCAGUUCAAGGUGGAUCGGGACGGGGGGCUGAACAAUGUGAGGUAUCAGAUCGAGUCCCGGACGGCGCUGAGUGUGGCUGGAGCUCCCUGCACUGUCCUCAAUAUCCUGCUGGACUGUGAUGCCAGCAAGACCCCCUGGUGCACAUUCAGCUGAGCAGCCUGCCUGAGGCCCCAGUCAUGCCUGCCAUGCUGAGAUGCACAGGGACUGCAGCGGGGCCAUUCGGUGCAGGGCAGGUUCACUGCAGCAGCUGAGCGCAAGGGCUGGGGCAUGGAGGCGACAGGCUGGAAGAGGGCUAAGGAGCCAGCCCAGCUCCUCGGUCAGUACAGCUGGGAGGGCAGAACUGAGACCAAGACACUGUGGCCCCCAGCACAGGUGCUGGCAUCACCGCAGGAAGGCCGCUCCCUCCUUGCGCUGGCCAUGGCAGAGCCACCUCCGUACUCCAAGGGGACAAUAAAGACACAUCAGGACCAUGUGAUGUCAAUGCACCUAGCCACGCCCUACUUUCCAUACCAGUGCCCAUAUGCCAGCCUCGGGCAGGCACCAUCCCUGCUCCUCGCUCCCCUACUGCUCUGUGAUUCCAAGAGGAAGCAGAGAUGGAAACUGGGCUGUGAGUGUCUGACAGUGCCCCAGCUCCUUGGCAGGCCCACUGGAACUGCAGCCGUCAGGGCAGGGGGCCAGUCACUCAGGAGGCUCACAAGAGAGGUUUGGUUGAUGCAGUGGGGCCCUGGGGCCUAGAACCCCAUUAACACAGGCUGGGAUUUCAGCAGAGAAUGGGAUGUAUUGGCUACAAUACUGCCCAGAACUUCCUAUUCCCCUUCAUGCGGCUUCUAGGGCCUGCUGCCCACCCCUGCUUUCUGUGGCGUAAGGUCAUGUUUCUGUUGAACCCCAGCUAGUGAGCAUGUCACUGCUCACCAGCUGCAUCCCCCAGAGCACAGCAGUGCCAGUGCCACUUCCCACAGUACAGACCGUACCCCAACCUUCUCCAUGGGACUUGAGUGAGUAUCUGGUGCCUUGGCCCUAGUGCCCCCUGGCCCUGAAGGGACUGAGCCUGGGCCCUGCCCUCUCCCAGCUCUGGUUAGGAAAUCCUGUACUGUGUGUUCCCCUGGAAUGUAAUGGCUGCUAAUUCACAGCAGUGGUGGCGGCAUUAAAGCCAGUGAAGCCA